UUUUGUUAAAUGAGAAAAUGGGGGUCCAAGAUUUUGAUAGAUUAAGAGUUGAAAUUAAGUGGAAGGGAUCAUCAAAGGGUAUUUCAUUGAAUUUGGGGUCAUUUAAUAGGAGAAGUGUAAAGAAUAAUUUUACUAAAGAAGAGUGUUUGAAGGAAGAUGAAGGGAUUGUUGAAUGGAAUGAGAAGUUUCUGAGUGUUUGUAAAUUUUCAGGUUGGAAAGAUGGUGUUUUUCAGCCUUGGGAAGUUGUCUUUACUGUGAUCAAUGGUACAAGCAAAGGACCAAAUCAGAAGGUACCCUUAUUUUCUUCUGCGACAUUGAAUCUUGCAGACUUUGCUUCACUAGUGCUCAACCUUAUGGAAUUGAGAAAUACUCACGAAGCUUCAGAGACAUUUCUGAAGUUUAUCAUGUCUGCUCCAGUAUCUCCGAACCCUGGAAAGGCUUUGUUUACAAACAGAAAUGGGGGUAGUUCUUUAAAAGCAGAUUCACUUGAUGAGGAUUCGAUAGGAGAAUCUGAGGAAGAAAAAAAGGAUACAAGUGUUCAGAAGUCAUUCAGUUAUGAAGCACUCGUCUAUGCAAACCAUGCUGGUGGAUCAUUUUGUUCAAAUACAAGCGGUAGCAGCAGUGACGAGGAUUUAUUCCACUACAGCCAUCAUAUUUCAGACACAAAGCACAAGUACCCUAAGGAUAAAACUGUAGCAAAUCAAUCUACAGAGAAGAGUUCAAAACAUAGUCUUCUUUCUUGGAGGAAGAAGAAGUUGAGUUUCAAAUAUCCUAAAACCAAGGGGGAGCCAUUGUUGAAGAAACAUUAUGGAGAGGAUAGUGCAGACGAUAUAGGCUUUGAUCGCUGA